CUCCUUCCCCGGCGGUUGAUUCGAACGUCUUGCUUUUAAGUUUCAUAAAACAAAAACGCAAAAAGAAAAAGAAAAAUGAGACAAUGGAGAAGCCUAGCAAAAGAAGCCAUGGAUCGAGCCUUUAUCGUCGUCAAAUUCCUCUGCUUCCUUCACGUCACCGACUCCUACCUCCUCUCCCCUACCCAUGUGCUGGGUCCUAGCAUGCUGCCAACGUUAAACCUAACCGGCGACGUCGUACUAGCCGAACACUUGUCUCACCGGGUGGGCAAAUUGGGUCCAGGUGACGUGGUCCUGGUUCGGUCGCCGUUCGACCCUAAAAAGACCUUGACUAAGCGCAUUGUAGCCAUGGAAGGUGAUAAAGUUGCCUUCUCAUUGGACCCCACUCGAAGCCAUAGCUCUCGGUCUCUCGUGGUUCCAAAGGGACAUGUUUGGAUUCAAGGGGAUAACUUGUAUGCUUCUAAUGAUUCACGACAUUUUGGGCCUGUUCCUUACGGUCUUAUUAAAGGGAAAGUGUUGCUGAGGGUAUGGCCACCAAACAGCAUUGGAUCAUUGGGUCAAUGAGAGUAUACAUUCAAGGCACUUUCGUUAUGGAAUUUUCCUUUACGUUGUUUGACAGCGAUAUUGCUUCAUGUGUUUGUUGGACUCUCUCCUCUCACCUUGUGUUGGGUUUUACUGGUGAAUUUUUGGAUUACAUGGUACGGGAAUUUGCUGAUAAUAGGUUGUUCAAUGGGGUCAAAGUUACUAACUCUUUGAAAAAAAAGAAGAGAAGAAAGGACAAUAAAAAGGGGUGAAGAAGGGCGACAUAGGAAACUGAUUAGGAUGGUUGUGCUGCCUGCAAGUUCAAGUCAAUGCCAAACUGUCACAUUUCAUUUUGGUCCAAGCUUCAAGGUCGAAGAUGGAUCGUUUCUCUGUUUUAGGAGUUCUGGAGUUCAAUCCCAAUUUAUCUGAUUUCCUCAUGGGACCUUUGUGUGUGGAUAUCUAUUUUCUCAGAAAGUAACACCUAGGCUAAUGUAUCUUUCCAAAUGCUUUGCAUUGCACACCCCCAACACAUGCAUAUAUUUCCAUGGAAUGAACAUGGCAUUGUGAUUUUCUUCCUUUGCUCAUUGUAGGCCUCAUUAGUCGCCAAUUUGCCAUUGUAUUGGUCUAAUAAGUAAGAAAUCUGAUUUGCUGUGGCA